UCAUCCUUUGACUAAAUAAUUCUCAAAAACCCACUCGGUAUCUUACUUCAUUACAUUGAUUAAUGCUUACUACUGUAUAAGUUACAAAGUGGGUGUGUCUAAUGAAUUAAGACUUUGAGCGUUGACUUGUCUUCAAAGAAAAGUCUGCUGUAACUAUCCAUCACCAAAUUCAUUAACAAAAAAUAUACAACUUGCACCUUCCCCUUUUUUUUCUUUUAAGGAAUUGGCUCCAAGCACAACACUAACCUUUGCCAGAGUAUUGGAUAUCUUUUGGCAUUGACAAUGAUAGCUUAUUUUUUUUUUUUUUUCGUUUUUGGAGUGUGUGUGUGAAUAUAUUCAUUCCGUGGCUGUCAAUGAGUUUGCGCUGUUUAUUCUCAUAUGUUAUAUAUACUUGUGCUACUACUACUAUAUUAAGGGGGAGGGAGAAGCAUUUAAUGAUAGUUCUGCAUCUAGAAACCACUCGAUUUGAUAUGUCUUUUAAUCUCUACUUGCAGGUAGUUUCCUGAUCUGAAAUUGCCAGCGAAGAACACACAGAGAAAAGUUUGAUAUUUAUUUCUUUCAUCAAGUGCAGUUGAUCACUGAUCUGGCUGACACUUAAGAGAGUUUCAUUCAGAUGAGGUCUAAUUAGAGCACUUUCCUAUCAUAAAACCCAAAAAUCGACAAGGGAGAAGAAAGCUUUGAUUUGUAUCAAAAUGGGAACGAUGGGAGAAUUAGGAAGCAUGGGAAAGUUUGAAGAGCAGCAGCAAGCUAACCAUCAGUUAGUCUUAUAUAGACAAUCAGCCGAAGAAUGGCUAUCCCACGUUCAUUCUCUCAUCCCAUCGGUCCUCCACAAAGCCAAAACGGUUCCCAAUUUCACAGGAAGAUGGAAGACCAUCAUCUCAAAGAUCCAACAGAUCCCAGGCUGUUUGUCUGACCUCUCAAGCCACCCUUGUUUCUCCAAGAACAAGCUCUGCAACGAGCAGUUGCAGUCCGUGGCUAAAACGCUCAAUGAAGCCAUGGAGCUUGCCGAGCUGUGUUCAACUGACAAGUACGAAGGGAAGCUGCGUAUGCAGAGCGAUCUCGACGCUUUGUGUGGAAAACUUGAUUUGAAUCUAAGAGACUGCAUGGUUUUGAUCAAAACCGGAGUUCUAGGUGAAGCAACGUUGCCUCUGUACAUCUCAAGCUCAUCGGAAACACCCAAAGUUUCAAGUCUAAAAGAGCUACUGGCGAGGCUUCAGAUAGGUCACAUGGAAUCAAAACACAACGCACUCGAAAACCUGAUACGUAUGAUGGAAGAAGAAGAGAAGAUGGUGAUGCCAUUGAUGGGAAGAGGCAACGUAGCAGCGUUAGUUCAGCUGCUAACAGCUUGUACACGAAUCAGAGAGAAGGCGGUGAGUCUGAUCAGCGUGCUAGCGGAAUCAGGACACUGCGACGAAUGGCUCGUCUCGGAAGGCGUGUUGCCUCCUCUGGUGAGGCUAAUCGAAUCGGGAAGCCUCGAAGCCAAAGAGAAAGCUGCGAUCGCGAUCCAGAGACUGUCGAUCGCUGAGGAAAACGCGCGGGAGAUCGCGGGACAGGGAGGAAUCGCGCCGCUGAUCGAGCUCUGCAGAACGGGGGAUUCGGUGUCGCAAGCAGCUUCGGCAGCGGCGCUGAAGAACAUAUCGGGAGUGGCGGAGCUGAGGCAGUUGCUGGCGGAAGAAGGGAUGGUGAGAGUGUCGAUUGAUCUUCUGAACAAGGGGAUACUGUUGGGAUGCAGAGAACACAUGGCCCAGUGUUUGCAGAAUCUCUCUGCAGCGAGCGAGGCUCUGCGCGAAGCCAUCGUUUCGGAAGGAGGAGUCCCGAGCCUCUUGGCUUACAUCGACGGUCCUCUGCCGCAAGAGCCGGCGGUGACGGCUCUCAGAAAUCUAAUCCCGUCGGUGAACACAGAGACGUGGUUGGAUCUCAAUUUGCUUCCACGAUUAGCGCACGUGCUAGCGUCAGGAUCGUUAGGCGCGCAGCAAGCAGCUGCAUCUGCCAUCUGUCGUUUCGGUAGCUCGCCGGAGACGAAGAGAAUAGUGGCAGAAUCAGGGUGCGUCCCGACGAUGGUGAAGCUUCUGGAAUCGAAAUCGAACGGAUGCAGAGAAGCGGCGGCUCAAGCGAUAGCGGGACUGGUGACGGAAGGGAGAAUAAGAAGGGAACUGAGGAAAGACGGGAAGAGCGUAACGAAUCUGGUGAUGCUGCUGGAUUCGAACCCUGGAAACACGGCCAAGAAGUACGCCGUGGCGGGGCUUAUGGGAUUGGCGGGGAGCGAGAAGAGUAAGAAAGUUAUGGUUUCGUACGGAGCUAUCGGGUAUCUGAAGAAGCUAUCGGAGAUGGAAGUGAUGGGCGCCGAUAAACUUCUCGAGAAGCUUGAGCGAGGAAAGCUCAGAAGCUUCUUUCACCGGCGGUAAACACAAAUAAACGGAUUUAAAAUGGGUCCGAGAUGCUAGUUUAUAUAACCGUUUAAGUAUGUCUUGAAACGCUAUCAAAAAGCCCGUUGGGCUUGUAACUCUCUCUCUCUUAAGCUGAUAUAUAUAUAUAUUGGGCUAGUUAUUAACAUAUAAAUAUUCA